CAAAUCUGUCGAAAAGAUCUGUUUUUAACCUACUUAUCCAUAGAGAUAUCGAGCAAAACUGGCCCACAACUGCAUCGCAAUUUGCAUUUGUGUUAUUAAAGCUACUGAAUACAUGCAUGGAUGCACAUUAAUGUAGCUUAUACUUUGUGACAUGGCUAAACUAACUUUUAAAAUUCUCCCCGUGUUUUUCUUUUUUGUCUUUUUGGUCUAAUUAUGUGGAUAAUUGAGUGAUGAACCCAUUGGUGCCAGGGCCCAAACUUUUGAAUCCACUAUGUAUGAUAUCAUGAGCGCUCGUUCAGAUUGUGCAUUAUAUACAAUAAUAACACCAUGAGCAAGUAAGAACAUUGGCUUGAAGCAUGCAAAAAUAUAAGUAAAGAUGUCCUUCUCUGCAUCAAAAUAUUAAAGAUCUAAAAAAAAAAAAAAGUGGGCGCUGAAUUGCAUGUCUGUUUAAGAGUGUGGUCACUCUAUGAGUGCAGUUUGGCUGAGACAUUCAUACAUAAAUGUAAGUGAAUUUUAGGAGAGCCGCCUGCCCAUCAGCCCACGCACGCAGAGCCCCAUUGAUCCGCGUCCUUUUUCCAUUUCAUUUCCACCACCGGCCAAGCGAUGAGGCUGCCUAGAUGACUGCAAUCCGCCUUUAACCUAAUUGCUUUUCACCGACAUCAGCUGCUCGCAGCCGCCAUCCGACAUGAGCGGGGCAUUUCUCUCCUCUUUGGCUGCACUUGUGCUUGCGAGCGGCUGUUCUUCCAGCAGCGUCCCUUCGGUCCUGACGCCCUUCACCGACUGCAUCCGAAGCCGUGGGAGAGACGGCUUCUACGGGGGAGCCGUAGACGUCACCGAGUCCGGCACCCGGUGCAUGAACUGGACCGAUGUGGCCGGAUUCAAGGAGCGCCACCCGGGCAAAGGGAUAGGGGAUCACAAUCACUGCCGCAAUCCCGACGCCAGGAUCCGACCCUGGUGCUUUUUCAGGAACCACAAAGGCAGAAUAGACUGGGGGUAUUGCGACUGUAAACAAGGCUCAGUGCGCCUGCAGGGAGGCCGUUCCAAGCUGGACGGCAGGGUGGAGGUGUACCUGGGAGGAGUUUGGAGAUCUGUGUGCGGCCAUGACUGGGGGGACGAAGACGCCGCGGUGGUGUGCAGACAGCUGGGCAACGGUAUGUCAGGUCAUGCCCGGGCAGUUCCUGUAUUUCACCCGGGCAUGGCCAAGCUCCAUUGGAUGGAGGUCCAUUGCCAGGGAGAAGAGCCAGAUCUGCUCCAUUGUCGUAAAACGACUCCUAAUGGAAAGACGUGUUCUCUGGCUGCAGCUGUCACCUGCACACAACAGCAAGCAUUCACUGCAGCGGCCAUGACGCUUCCUAUUCGGCUGGUGGGAGGUCGCUCGGAGUCUGAAGGCACAGUUGAAGUUUUCCAUGCAGGGCAGUGGGGUUCCAUUUGUGAUGACCAAUGGGACGACAGUGAUGCGGAGGUGGUAUGUCGACAGCUAGGGCUGAGUGGUGUUGCUAGAGCGUGGGGCCAGGCACAUUUUGGCAAAAGCUCAGGCCACGUGUGGCUGGACGAGGUGCGGUGCACAGGCAACGAGCUCACUCUGGACCAGUGUCCAAAAAGCGCCUGGGGGGAGCAUAACUGUCUCCAUACUGAGGAUGCAGGAGUUUCCUGUAGCCGUCUUACAGACGGUACCAUCAGGUUAAUUGGGGGUGCUGCAGGUCAUGAAGGACGUGUAGAAAUCUUCUACAGGGGUCAGUGGGGGACAGUGUGUGACGACGGCUGGACAGACUCCAACACGCAAGUGGUGUGUCGACAGCUUGGUUACAGAGGAGGAGCAACUGUCCUUUCUGACGGUCCAGACAACAGUCCAGUGCCCCGCUUUGGGAUGGGGUCAGGUCCUAUUCUCGUGGAUGAUGUGAGCUGCACAGGAAAAGAACCCAGCCUUUUGUUGUGCAAGAGGAGGGAAUGGCUCCGCCAUGACUGCACACACAGUGAAGAUGUCAACGUUGUGUGCCACCCUGACCGCAGUGGAGGCAUUCUUCCUACCAGUAUGCCAGUGAGGCUUGUGGGAGGAGAAAGCCCCAGGGAAGGUCGUGUUGAGCUCUACCUGUCUGGUCAGUGGGGGACUGUCUGUGAUGAUGGAUGGACUGAUCAUGACGCUGAAGUGGUGUGCCGGCAGCUGGGCUACAGUGGCAAUGCAAAGGCCCGUGUGAUGGCCUACUUUGGGGAAGGGACAGGUCCAAUCCAUGUGGACAAUGUGAAGUGCAAUGGUGGGGAGCAGUCGCUAGCAGACUGUGUCAAACAGACGCCCGGCACGCACAACUGCCGCCACAGUGAGGACGCCGGGGUCAUCUGUGACUAUGGUGAAACACAGCAGAGCUACAAAGAGGUCAAAGAUCCUGUCAGCUCCAUUUGUGGUCUGAGGCUCGUACACACUCGCCAGCGCCGAAUCAUUGGGGGAGAAAACUCUCUGAGGGGUGGCUGGCCAUGGCAAGCAGCUAUUCGUUUGCGUGGAUCUAAAGGAGACGGGAGGCUGGUGUGUGGCGCAACUCUCAUUGACACCUGUUGGGUUCUCACCUCUGCACACUGCUUCAAAAGGUAUGGAAACAGCACCAAGCAGUAUAAAGUAAGAGUGGGCGACUACCACUCCCUCGUCCCUGAGGAGUACGAAGAAGAGUUCGGUGUUGAGGAAAUUGUCUUCCAUCCAAGCUACCACUCCCACAGCAACGACUAUGACCUGGCGCUGGUCCACCUGUCACCGGGGGCAAUAGGCCAGACGCCAGGAGAGUGUGUGUCAUUCAGCCGUCACGUCCUUCCCGCCUGCCUGCCCAUGAGGAAAGAGAGAGUUCUCAAACAAGCCAGCAACUGUCACAUUACCGGCUGGGGUGAUACAGGUCGCUCAUACUCGAAGACCCUGCAGCAAGCCCCUCUGUCUCUUCUCCCCCGCCGCCACUGCCAUCAGUAUUUCCAGAGUGCCUUCACGAGCCGCAUGCUCUGCGCCGGCAGCAUCCAGCCAGAGAGGCGUGUGGACAGUUGCCGUGGCGACAGUGGAGCUGUCCGCGUCAUCGUAGCAACCAUCCAUCCAUCCAGCAUUCUUUCAUCCGUCCAUGAUGGUUCGCUUGCGCUAUUUUGCUCCGUUCAGCAGCGUUACAGCUCACAGGAUGAAACGAGGCAUCCCGUCCUCAUCUUCACCUCGGGGCUGCAGACACUGCGCCCGAAAGACAGGCGCUCCUGGUCCCUGACGUCUUGA